CAACAUCCUCUCAAUUACGUUACAUAUUAUUUGCCUCUCUCUUUCUACAAUUUCUAUACCAUGACAAUCAAAUACCGUGCACAUCCAAUUCAACCAUGUAAUUCUAUGUACCGGUCCUGCAACCCUAAAAAUAUGCAAAAGCAAUAUCGAUAUCAACCUCAACAGUCUUACAUUUUUCGCCUGGCUCGAAAACAGCCAUCGUCGUACCCUUCGGCUCCACCAUUUCCAAGGUCGACGCCGGAGCAACAAGAACUGCAGCGGCUUCGAGAACGGGAAGAGAAAUUGCUACAGGAGGCGUUACCACUACGAAAUCGAGCACGACAAUUACAAGAGCAACGUAAACGAGCGGAUAGGGUAUUAGAGCUCCUGGAUCGGGAAGAACAGCGGGUCCGUGCUAUUACAGAUCGGGUCUGCCAAGAACAGGAUGCCAUUGAACGAGAUGUUGAACGAAUUAUGCCAAAGCUGUUGAAACGGCAGCAAGAACAAAGUCGAAAGAUAUAUUGGGGUAUUCAAAUGAAAUUAAAAAGUGAAAGUGAACCUGAAAAUGAUAUUAAAAUUGAGAAAUAGAAACAAGGACCUUGCUAAAUAAAAAGAAAUAAGAAAACGAUAAU